GAAGUAAAUAUGUCGAGGUUCCCGGCGCUGGCCGGCGAUCCGGCGAGGAGGCCGCGAGCAGCAGACUGAAGUCGAUUCAUCAUCCAACCGGCUUUGAUCGGUCGACAGGUAUACCAUUCGGCAUCACUUCAUAUACCAUAGAAUAUCUGCAAGUAGUCCUGAGGUCCUGUAAGACAUGUCUGGUGUAGCGACGCCGUCGCAAGAGCGCUCGAAACAACGUCGGAUAGAUGCUUGCAUCAACGCUUCACCUCGAGCUCGACUAUGGAACAUCCUCUCGUACCUCUCCAUCUUGCUCGUCGGGAUCCCUUUCUGGUGGCAUACGACGACGAUAGAACGUAGACCACUACCUACGGGCCAGGUGGAGGGGAUGGACUUUUCGCAUGCAGACAGGCAGUCGAUACCGGUGGUUUUUUCCGCCUCACCUAGGUUCAUAACUGACCAACAGGAGCGGCGGGAGUUUGCCAGUCGGACAGCCGGAGCUUGCGAGCGAUAUUGUCUCGCUAACCAGCUGGAUUGCGAGCGAUUCGCUUGGAAGAAUCAGGUGGACAUCGAGGCAGAGAAUGCUUUACAGCUCCGAUUCGAUUCUUCGACAGGGAGGGCACCGUACAUCUCCAUGGCGGGGCAGCAUGGUGGGGAUCUGAUCAUCGAGGUGCCCUAUGAGCACGCACCAACAGAUGUCCUAAUGGAUGGUCUGGCUGCUCAAAUCUAUACGGCAUUAUCUGACCUCGUACCUGCGAGACCAAGUCCGAGACCAGCUCGGGCGAUCAAAUACUCGAGACGGGUCAACUUGGCUUUUUCGCUUCUGAACGAAGAUUCGACCCUCGGAGGAGGAGCCUUUGACUGGGACGUCGAGGCUGUGAUUGCCAGAUCGCUCGAGCCGUAUCUCGCACCCCUAAGGGAUCUCUAUGAUUUCGCCAUCGAAUCGCAGAUCGUGUAUCAUGCUCCUCUCAAGUCGGCACCGAUCCAGACAGAGACGGACGAGUGGAUGGUCACGAAGGAGCACAUGAAGACUUUCGUCAACAACGAGCAGUGGACUUUGGAUUCGGGAAGCUCGAAUGACCCGGUAUUGCGAUUCUUGCUCUUCAUUCCUUCGUUGAAACAUAGCCCACUCAGGCUCGAAACUUCCGACGAGUCGCCGGCCUUUCUAAUUCCUCAGAUCGGAGGUGUUGUCAUUCAUCAAGAUACAGCGGUCGAGAAUGCGGACACCACCCAAGGACUGCCUACUGCACGGCGUCUAGAGCUGGCAGAACUCGAACUCGCGUUCGCCUACUUUGCUUCCCAGCUAUACGCACUUCUCGGCGUGCCUCCUCUCGACCCCAGGUACAAAACGGUCGACCAGAAAGACGGAGGCGGGAUCUUACCGAUGACACAGUGGCAAAAGGUCAAUCUCAUGCGCUCGAUUACCGAAUCCAACCUGCGGGAUGCCAAGGGGACAUUGAUCAGCAUCACGCGGUUGGUCGCUAGGAUCAAGGAGAUGGUCAUCAAUAAGGAAGUCAGGAGCGACGUUGAGGGUGCUGUGAAUGCGUUACAAAAGCUGGCCGUCGGCGUGCCGGCUUCUGCUGCAGGUCUGAGAGACUUAUUCGUGACCGCGCGGGAAGCAGCCCAACUCGCCAACAAGGCGUUCUUCAACCCGUCAAUGAUGGGUCUCCUCUACUUCCCGGACGAGCACAAGUAUGCGGUCUACACGCCGUUGUUCGCACCAGUCGCUGUUCCCGUGCUGGUCGCACUGCUGAAGGAGAUAAAAGGUUGGCGCGGACGGAGAAGUCGAGCGACAUAGAUGAGAGCCGGGUUUGUGGCGCCACUGUAUCACGGAUCGUAUGAAGGGAAUUAUUGCUUCUCUGCUGA